GGCGCUGCGAGCACUGAGCAGCGCGAGGAGAUGCGACAGGGCGCCGCGUCGCCGGCAUCAUGCGCCCCCCGCCCGCGCUGGCCCUGGCCGCGCUCUGCCUGCUGGCGCUGCCCGCCGCCGCCGCCGCCGCCUACUUCGGCCUGACCGGGCGGGAGGUCCUGACGCCCUUCCCAGGGCUGGGCACUGCUGCCCCAGCACAGGGCGGGGCCCACCUGAAGCAAUGUGACCUCCUGAAGCUGUCCCGCCGGCAGAAGCAGCUCUGCCGACGGGAGCCAGGCCUGGCUGAGACCCUGCAGGACGCCGCACACCUCAGCCUGCUCGAGUGCCAGUUUCAGUUCCGGCAUGAGCGCUGGAACUGCAGCCUGGAGGGGAGGACGGGGCUGCUCAAGAGAGGUUUCAAGGAGACGGCCUUCCUGUAUGCGGUGUCCUCGGCUGCCCUCACGCACACGCUGGCCCGGGCCUGCAGCGCCGGCCGCAUGGAGCGCUGCACCUGCGAUGACUCUCCGGGCUUGGAGAGCCGGCAGGCCUGGCAGUGGGGCGUGUGCGGCGACAACCUCAAGUACAGCACCAAGUUCCUGAACAACUUCCUGGGGCCCAAGAGAGGAAGCAAAGACCUGCGGGCUCGGGCAGAUGCCCACAACACCCACGUGGGCAUUAAGGCCGUGAAGAGUGGCCUCAGGACCACGUGUAAGUGCCACGGCGUGUCGGGCUCCUGUGCUGUGCGUACCUGCUGGAGGCAGCUGUCCCCGUUCCGCGAGACCGGCCAGGUGUUGAAGCUGCGCUACGAUUCGGCCGUCAAGGUGUCCAGUGCCACCAACGAGGCUUUGGGCCGCCUGGAGCUGUGGGCACCUGCCAGGCCGGGUAGCCCCACCAAGGGCCCGGCCCCGCGACCUGGAGACCUGGUCUACAUGGAGGACUCACCCAGUUUCUGCCGGCCCAGCAAGUAUUCGCCUGGCACAGCGGGCAGGGUGUGCUCCCGGGAGGCCAGCUGCAGCAGCCUGUGCUGCGGGCGGGGCUAUGACACCCAGAGCCGCCUGGUGGCCUUCUCCUGCCACUGCCAGGUGCAGUGGUGCUGCUACGUGGAGUGCCAGCAGUGUGUGCAGGAGGAGCUCGUGUACACCUGUAAGCACUAGGCCUGCUGCCCUGUGUGCCAGCUGGGCGCUGCCAGGGCCUCCCCGGGCACCAGGCCACCUUGAGGCCACCCAGCUGUGCAGCUGCCCCUCUGGGCAGGUACCCACAGAGUGCGUGCGCUCACCGAGGACCGUGCCCGUACAGAGGGGCUUCUCUCCCCACUGGGCCUCGGCAGCCUUCCCCUCCCUCAACUCUCAGCAACGGGAGGUGUGGGCCCCGCCCCUGAACCCGAGGGUCCCCAGCCUUGGUGAGGAUUUGCAGCAGGAGGGCAGAAUGGAAAGGGUGUGGAAGGAAAUAGAUUGAGAGGAGGGCUGGACUGAGGCCUUGGAGAGGAGAGAGAGGACAUUCUGCCAUCUCCAUUCCUGGGAUUAGUGGCCUAAACCAGCAAGAUGUUGGGAGGUGAGCUUCUGGGCCAGGGAAGCCCGAGGCGGCAAGAUCCGCUGGAAGCAAAGGCUGGGGUCUGGCUGGGAGGGUCAGUCCACCCUUCAGGCCCUGCUCAAGUCACAUGGAACCCUGGGGGCUAGACCUCUUCACUCCCCCUGUGGCUUUGCUGUGCUAGAGAUGGAGCGGAAGGGCAGACGGUGGGAGCUGUUGGUUUGGAGAAAGGAAAGCUUAUGUCAGAUACGUGCCCUGGAGCCCUGUCCUUGAUUUUUUUUUUUUUUUUCCAUUUUAUCCCUGCACGUGCAGCAUGUGGAAGUUCCUGGGCUAGGGGUCAAAUCAGAGCUGCAGCUGCUGGCCUUUGGCAAUGCCGGAUCUGAGUGGCAUCUGUGACCCAUGCCACAGCUUGCAGCAAUGCCAGAUCCUUAACUCACUGAGCAAGGCCAGGGAUCCGAACCCCCAUCCUCAUGGAUACUUUGUUGGGUUCUUAACCUGCCAAGCCACAAUGGGAUCUCCUGACUUGGCUUUUAAAAUAUGCCUCCUCAGAGGCCUCAUUCUUGAGAGCUGAGUUAUCUGCAUCCACCCAGCCCGGCUCAGUAAAAACCCCAGUGGACACAAGACCAAUAGGAAGAGCCAGUCCCUAGGGUGGGGCUCGGAUCACUGAGGUCGCCCGGGUGGAUAGUGACCCCUUCGUUUCUCAGCCUUCCUCUGAGCCCACUUGGCUCAGUUCCCUGUGGUUGGGGUUCACCUGUGCUGUGUGGCUCCAGGGCAGCUGGCAUUCAUGAUGCACGAGAAUUGGUUUAUGAGUUCCGAUUUGGUUACAUUUCUAAUCUAACGUUUUUGCUCUGGCUGGAGUUAUAGGCAUGGGAAAAUCUUUGCUAAGCUUGGCUCCUUGGGGGCUCCCUUUAUUUUCUAAUGGCGCCCCACUUUGGCUUUACCUGAGGAACAGAAAUGACUACUAAUUUCCUCUGAUCCUGUGGCUAUUUCCAGUUCUACCUGCUAAGGCCCUGGGAGGGAAGAGAGAAGCUGGUAUCCUCACACAGGUGCCCCCUCAGGCACCUGCCCACCCCACAUGCACGCACCCCCCUUGGACCUGCCAGGCUGAGGGCUCUCUUAUAGCGGCACACGCCUCUCUGGUUCAGGAUCAAGACCUUGCUGAGUCACUUUGCUGGAGGCUGUGUGCUCUCCCAGCGCAGGGCCCGAUGCCGGCCGGGAGGAAGUGACCUCCUUCGGGAGGGCUUUGGCUGCUCUUUUGGCCCUGCUUCGCCCUCUGUCAGCUUCCUUUUGCCCUGAACCCAGAGUUGCUGACCCUUUGCUGGGACAGGAAACUUCAGAAUCAGCCGAAUGUUGAGAAGCCGUCUGUGCAAGGCCCAGGAAGAAACCCCCGGUGCCCUUCAUCUCCAAGGGUGGGGCGAGGCUGCCCUGUCUUUGGUGGAGUGGCAGCCUCCGAGGGAUGCUUCAAGGAUCUCUGGCUGCAGAGGCUCUGAUGAGAAGCCAGACUGACCCAGAGACCCCCUCCCUAGGCUGACUUCGCUGACCCAAGAAGCUGGCCCACAUCUUGGCAGGAGUCAAAAAGGAAUUGAGGGCUGUUCUCCUAGUUUCUUCUGCUCCCCCACCAUGUGGAGACUUCUCUGCCAGCCCGAUCCAUCCUCCUGCUCUGAGACCCCAUCUCCAAUGCCACCCUGUCUCAGCCCUGGGCAGAAGGCAGCAGGAAGAGGGGCACCACCAGCAGACCGGCUGCAUCCCGCUCCCCGGUUGGCAGUGCCAGGAUCGCAGGAAGAUAAAGGGGAGACACUGAGGGACCGAGGCCAUGGCCACCCACCAACACUGACCAGGUCAAGGGCCUGGGGCCGGGUCUGAGGGCCCCUUGGCCUGUGGGGUCUCCCUGACUUCUCUUUCCCUGCUCCUACCCCUUUCCCUCCCAGUUGCCCCCAAAGGUCCAUCUCAGCCCUGCUGGGCCCCCUGAGACCAGUGACCAGUGCCCCCUCGUUCUACAGCUUGAAGGGAAACACUUACAGGGUAUUUUUUGUUUUUUGUUUUUUUUUGGUCUACCUCGCAUAUAUAGAUUUUAGGGCAAAAGAGAAUAAUUUAUAUAGCUAAAAUAUAUGAGAAAAAUAUUUAUGUUAUUUAUAGUUUCUAUGUGUGGGGAAGCAGCAGCUGUGGGGUUGGGUAUUCUGUGGAAAGCUGUCUUUCUGGGGAGAUGCUGGGGUCCCCCCUGAGCUGGACACCAGGUGGCAGGGGAGGAGGUCUUCCAGGCUCCUGGGUCUCUUGAGGGGGACUGUCCUGGAGCUGGCGAGUGACAUCCCUCUGUGCAUGUGGACCCAGAGGGGCUUGAUUGGGAUCCUCCUUGUGAAGUCGUAAAUUUUCUGCUCUCCCGGGUCCCAGGCCCCCGCUUUGGCUCUGGCAAAAGCAGCUUGCCCAUGAUAAUAAUGACACCCAGGGUGACCACACUUUGCAUCUGUCAAGCACCUUGGAUAUUCAGAAACACCAUUGUCCCUUUAACCUCACUUGGUGUCCCCGUCAUCCCUGUGGGUUAGGGAGGGCCCUAUUACUGUGCCCAUUUUACAGAUGCAGACCAGAGGUGGAAGGCUAGGGUCAAAGUCACGCUGAAGAGGUUCAAGCAAUGAAUAUUUACAGAACUCUGACACGGGCCAGGUGAUGGGGGCUGACUUACCCUGAGCCUGGGAGCCCCGAAGUCUGGAUACAGCCUGAGCCCAAGAACCCAGGGAAGUGACUGCUUCUUCCCCUGCUGCAUGUGACCUGGCCUUUUGGAUCUGGACUGCAUAUCAGCAUUUCCUGUGUCUCAGCGAUGGGGCUGGGCCUUCUUGAGGGGCCUGGAGGGAUGAGGACCCCGUGGAGGCCACUGCGAGGGAGGGGGCACUACCGGGCCCUCCCUCCUUCUGCCCACACUGCCUGAGAGGGUUGGGCUACAUCACCGGGUCCCUCCCAGUCCAGCGAUGGGUUUUGUUGGCUCUCACUUGUGUUUUCCUUUUAAAAGAUGAUUUGUUUUCCAUUGGGUUUCUUCUGGCUUCUCUUAUAAGGUCAGCUGCUUUGGCCCCAAACUGGCAAACGGGGCCUGCAUUCUCACCCUGGCCACAGUCAGCUAGAGGGAGGAUCCCGAUCAGACAGGAUGGGCUGGGGCUCCCCAGUUUGCCCAGUACCCCCAUCUCACUUAGGGGUGCUCCUGCCUGGCCCUCGUGGGCAUGUCACCAGCUUCCCCGGUAUCCUCCACUGCAGAGAGACUGACAGACCCAUGCUAGCCCUGAAGAUUAUUUCUUGCUUCCCAGAGUUCCCUUGCUCAACAACCUUCAAAUGCUUUUUGUCUCUGCACAUUUAAGAAUUACGAUGAAAACUAACCUGUAUUGAGCACCUGUUCUGUUCAUCCAUUCAAUCAACGAUGGUUUCGGGAGCUUCCACUGAGCACCAGGCACCACCCCGGGGGUGCUGGGGUGCAGCAGUGAAGGAGACCAUGUCCUUGUCUCGUGGGGCUGACACUGUAAGUGGGAGAGAGACAAUAAACCAAUAAACUGCAUGUCAGCGCUUUGUA